AUGAAAACGGCGGCUAUGUCUGUUUGGAUUUUCAUAAAUCUUUUGUGUUUUGGAAUGUGUGGAUAUUUAUACUUAAUAUGGUCUCAAUACUGGAUGAGUAUAGAAAGACAAAGAUUGUUUAGUAGGACACCAGGACCUCCGCACAAAAACAGCAUAGCUGGAAUCAGUUUUCAAGAGACGUUUUCAGAAAAUAUACAGACAAAUAUAGCUAUACAUGGUAACAGUUCCAUACUGAACGCAGAUUCCAUCCGCAAAAUAAGAAGAUCGGUCGCCUUAAAAGCCAGCCAAAUAUCGCAAGGGUCCAAUAGAUCUAACGGUAGCCAAAUGCGUUUUGCAAAUAACAUAGUGUUAAAAAGUCACGGAAGUCCCCGCUUUCCUAACAUUCAUACACCAGUUUUGGAAUUCGAUAGUGAUAAGUAUAGUUGCGAGGAUUAUACUACGCCAGAAUGUGAGUCAAAAACCAUAGAAUUUAAAGAGCUUUUACUGAAGGAGUUUCAUAGAGUUUUAAUGAGUGAAAGUAAAGUAUUUACGUCAGGGCUUGAGUCGCAGAAUCCUUAUAAUGUUAAAUACCAGAGAAGUGCUGUAAAACAAUUUAGUAGGGAGGAAAUAUUAUGUGCACUUUUGAAAGUUCGGGUAAAGACCGUAACGUCUAAAGAUCAACCUUUCGCCAGAUUGGGUUUUAAAAUACCGAAAUAUCCGAUAUUAAAAAAUAAAAGAUUUAAUAGUUGUGCCGUUGUAACAAGCGCUGGGGCUCUUCUUGGAUCUCGUUUAGGAGAAUUUAUUGAUUCUCACGAUAUGAUAUUAAGAUUCAACAACGCACCGACAGAGAACUACACAGAGGACGUGGGCUCUAGAACUACAAUGCGUAUUCUUAAUUCACAGGUAGCUACAAAACCAGAAUAUCGGUUUUUGGAUGAUCCUUUGUAUAAAAAUAUUUCCAUCCUAAUUUGGGAUCCAUCAAAUUAUUCUGCUUCCUUAGAAGACUGGUACCGUGAUCCAGAUUUCCCCGUAUUCUCCGUUUAUAAAAAAUUAUUAGAACGUAAUAAUUCUGUAGAUGUGCAUCUCCUGCAUCCUCAAGUCUUGUGGGAUUUAUGGGAAGUUCUUCAAGAUUCAACGCCGUACAGAUUGAGGAGGAAUCCUCCGUCAUCGGGAUUUUUAGGUCUCUGGUUUUCAAUUCACAGUUGCAAGCGAGUCCGCGUGUUUGAAUACGUACCAUCAGUGCGUGCGACCCGUCGUUGUCACUAUCAUUCACCAAUCGAAGACUCUGGUUGUACGAUGGGUGUGUGGCACCCGCUGGCCCAAGAGAAGUCAUUAGCACAACGACUGAGCGAUAACUCCGAUGUUAAUGUGUUCCAGAGAGGUUUUAUUGAUGUACCUGGAGUUACUAGUGUGCAGUGUUAA